CGUCAACCGCUGUCAGAGACUCUGAAAGAUGGAGGCGACUGCGACGCUUCACCUCGGCGGCAUCCUCGCGCGAAUGGCCGUUUUCCUGCUCUUGGUGAACGCGUUGGGCUCGGUGUCCUGCGACGAGCAGGUGCCGCUCCUCCUGUGGACGAGUGACGGGAUCUCGUCACCGACUCAGCCUCCUCCUGCAGCCGGUCACAUCAUCGGGCAGCAGCAGCUCACCUCCUACCUGGAGAAGGCCCUGAAUGAGGGGCCACGAAACGUGGUGCUUUUCCUCCAGGACAAGAUGAGCAUCGAGGACUUCACCAUGUAUGGAGGCGCUUUUGGAAACAAGCAGGACACGGCCUUCCCCAACCUGGAGGGGGCUCUGAUGUCCUCGUCCUCCCGUCUGGUCUUACCUGCCGUGUCCUGGCCCGCCUCCAAUGCAGUGAUUGGCCAGCUGCAGGACCAAUUGGAGACCUCUCCCCUGUACAUGGACCCUGAGACGCUGAGUCAGCUGAGACUCAACGCGUCCUCGCCCGCCCUGCUGGUGUUCAGGCUGCCGUACGGCCUCGGAGCCGAUCUGAUGUCUGCAAAAGAGAUUCUCAGUGGAAACGAUGAGGUCAUAGGUCAGGUGUUGAGCACCAUGAGGGCCCGGGCCGUCCCGUACACGGCCAUCUACACGGCGCUGCAGCCCUCCAGGGAGGCGGCGUCCCUCUCCAUGGAGGCCGGCCUCGGGGGAGGACGCUCCCUCCUGCAGGCCCGGGGGGGCUACCGGGAGAGGGAGAGGGAGCGCGAGAGGCAGCGCAGGAUCAAGGAGAAGGCCGGCGUCUACGCACCUGUGGAGUUUAAGGAGGGGGAGGACACCUGCAUCCUGCUGUGGGCCAAAGGCCUGUCGGUCAGCAUCCUGCGGAGCGGCCGCUGGGAGGAGCACGACCUCACCCCGUCGACCUUCGGGGAGGGCGUCAGCCCACAGCUCCACGGGUCCAGCUGCGACAAAAGCAAAUCCAAAUUGGUUCUUAAUUAUGAGAACGUCCUCGGCCACCGCAGCUUCAAACUGAUCUUUGCGAUGAGCCAGCGUCGCUACCAGGUGUCGGCUCGCCGCUGGUUCACGCUGGACGCCGUGGAGCUGGAGUACGACCGCACCACGGCCCGGUUCAACGGCAGCAGGAAGGUUUACGCCCCCGCCGAGUACUCGUACCGCUGCGAGUCCGUCACCAACUUCCGCUGGCCCCAGCUGGUCCCGCGCUCCCUCAACGAUCCAGCCAACCAGUGGAGGGUCUCCUUCCAGGACUUCCAGAUCCAGGGCUUCAACGUGAGCGGCAGCGAGUUCUCCUACGCCAGCGACUGCGCCGGCUUCUUCUCCGCUGGCAUCUGGAUGGGUCUGAUGACCAGCCUGCUGCUGGUGCUGGUGCUGACCUACGGCCUCCACAUGAUCAUGCAGCUCCACACCAUGGACCGCUUCGACGACCCCAAAGGGCCGGCCAUCUCCGUGCCCCAGACCGAGUAACCACCCCCCCGGUGGUCUGUGGUUGGGCUUCAGUAGGGGAUCAGUCAUCAGUUUAUACUUUAACGUGGUUGAACAACAGUUAUCUUCUGACCUAAAACCGUCUUCAGCUUCACAUUCAGCUCUAAUUCCAACGAAGAUGGAGGCUCAAUAAACAUUUGUAAAAGUGUCUCGUAGAUUAUCGUCUGGUUAUCAGUGUAAACGUGUGAGGUUGAUCUGUGGAGAUGAAGAAUCAGAAAUGUGUUUUUUAGAUUCUACUUCUUCAGAAUAAUCCGUGUUGUUAAAGAACAUUGUUCCCCAUGAAGGUUUUACAGUUGUACAUAAAGGGACAAAGUUAUGAAAAUCCUAUUAUGAGAAGUUAUUUAUUGGUGAAACUUGUGUGUGUUUACGGUUGUUUGUGUGUAGAGUGAAAUAAAGGGAUCAGUUCUGUGUAGAGAAUAAAACGAGGAGCACUAAACUACGACAUUUAACAUGUUUAUGGUUUCCAUGAUUAAUGCACUGAAUCAUGCUCAAUGUCAAUUAUCCUUUUACUGUCUUUAUUUAUUUGGAUGCUCUAUAGUGAAUAUUGAUGGUGUUGUGCUGCUGCUGUGACCCCAAUAAAAACAUCCGUGGAAAUUAAA